AUGGAGAAUCUAUAUACAGCAUUAUCGAUAUCAUUAAUAACUGAUGAUAAACGAUUCGUUAUUGUUUCUGAUGAUUCUAAUAAAGCCAUUCCUAAAUUUACAAGUAUGUUAAUCAAUACUUGUUCAUUUGAUCCUUCACAAUAUUGUGUGAUUGAUCUACUAAAUGUUCAUACCACUAUAGAUUUGAUCCAUCAAAUGACGAAUUUUCGUGACAAUCAAUACUUUUUGAAAAACAUUAUUAUUUGGCAAAAUGUUCAAUAUUUGACAACCAACCAGCAUAAAUCAUUAUAUAAACUAAUUUUACAAAUUGACCAAUUUGGAUUGAGAGGAGUUAGAGGGAGGCCAAUUGAUAUAGCUAUUGGAAAUGAUGAAAUCAUAUCAAUUAAUCGACCACAAUUGUUCACAAUUAUUAUGGCUCUUGAUUAUAAAGCAUUCCACAAAAAGUUGUAUAUAUAUUUAAAAGAAAAAUUCUGGUUUGCUGUAAAUUACAAUAAUGUGGAAGAAGAGGAUGAACCAGGAAAACUUCCACCGAACUCACAAUAUCAAGAAAAUAUAUCACGAUUAAGAAACAGCCUAUGUGAUGUGUUUAUUUCCCCUGACAUCAAGGGGUACAUUUAUUCAUUGAUUGUUUUCACUCGAUGUCAUAGAUUAGCCUCUUUAUCACCAAAACUGACAAGGCUACCAACAAUGGCCAUAGAUUACAUGCAUGAUUUCUGCAAAUGCCUAGCGUUAUGGAAAAAUCAACAGAAUUUGAAUCAAGAAUUAUUUAUUACUCCAGCAUAUGUUAAAUUAGCAUUCAGAAAAAUUGGCUACUGGUUAGUUGAUUGGGAAUAUAAUGAAAAGUUUGCUAAAGACACUCAAAGUAGUGUACUAGUUGAUGAUGACAGCAACACCUUGAAUAAUGAAAUAGAUUAUCAGAAAAGAUUAGAAAUAAGUAUGCUCACGGGUGAUUGGUAUGGUAGUGAUUAUUUUUUUGUUAACGAAUAUUUGAAGAGCAGUAAAAGCAAGUUGGAUAUAAAAAGUCCAACUGGUUAUACCAAUAAAAUCAUUGAAGAUGUGAUUAGUUCAGUAAGGCCACCAUUAUAG